AUGUUUUUAGAAGAAUCGUUUCAAGACAGUGAUGACAAAAUGAUCAGAUACAUACAACAGCUAUCUAGAGGUGAUUAUAGAGAUACGGCUGAUAAUAAUGCGAUUGUCGUAGAUGAGAAAUUUUCGUCUGAUCUGCAUAUUAAUCUGCACCCAGAACUUCAAGAUAUUUACAUAUACGGCGGAAACAUUCCAAAAUUUAUACAAAAUAAAAUUCAAUCAGUGAAUCCCGAGAAAAUCUUGAAACUUAACGUGAUUAGUCAGAUAAGAGACAAAUUUGGUGAUAGAAGAAGAUUUCCCUACCGUGGAAUUAAUUCUCACAAUAUUAACGCAACACUUACAUACGGGUUUAUUGAUGAUGAUAAGCCAAGACCACCGUUUCAUGAAGAAGAUAUUCUUGAAGGUUUGAUUUCCUUUAACCAUGAUAUUAUCAGAGAGUUUCAUGAUCCAAUUCCUUCGGAGGUUGAACAAGUUGUUGGCAGAACAGAAUUAGCUUUUAAGGCUUUUGAAAAUCGUUUAUUUGCC